GCGCGGCAGUCGGUGUGAGGGUGGCGGAGCCGGCGGCGUCCAUCGGCUUCUUCUCCUCGCCGCUUCCCGGCAGCUGCCGCCGCUGCUCCCCGGCCUGUGGCUCGCAGCACCGGCCCGUCGGAGCCCUGCCGGCCGGAGGUGAGCGCUCUGAGGCUUCUCCCCUUGUCGUCCAGUCGGAUCUAUCGCCCUCCGUGCGGCCGUGAGGAGGCUGAGGCUGCCCCUUCCCCCCGCUCCCGGCCUGCCGGCGUGGGGUGCCUCUUCUGCCCGUUUCCUUCCUCCCUGGGUGUUGAAAAUCGUUGUCCUGUCUGCACUAGCAGCUAACUGAUCUCAGCUCAUUGUUGACAGCCACCAUCAUCAACAGGUCCCUUUCCCUCUGCGCGUGAGCCUUUUGAUUAUGUAUCGUAAAUCCAAGUGGAAGUGCGGUUACAAUCUCGAGGUGCUUGGACAUGGAAAUAAUGAAAAAAGUGUGCCACAACUCUUGAUCAGAGACCUGAAAUUUGAGAAUAAGUCAUUAGCUAAGCUCAUGUUUUCUCCUGAUCAAGAAAAUCAUCCAUCAAAAGCACCAGUCAAGUAUGGUGAAUUGAUUGUAUUGGGGUACAAUGGGUCUCUCCCAAAUGGAGAUAGAGGAAGAAGGAAAAGUAGGUUUGCUUUAUUUAAAAGGCCCAAGGCAAAUGGGGUGAAACCUAGCACUGUGCACAUUGCCUGUACCCCUCAAGCAGCAAAGGCAAUAAGUAAUAAGGACCAACACAGCAUAUCUUACACUUUGUCUCGGGCCCAGACAGUCGUAGUUGAAUAUACACAUGACAGCAACACAGAUAUGUUCCAGAUUGGUCGGUCAACAGAGAGUCCUAUAGACUUCGUAGUAACAGACACAGUUCCUGGGAGUCAGAGUAAUUCAGAUACACAGUCUGUGCAGAGCACUAUAUCAAGGUUUGCCUGCAGAAUCAUAUGUGAACGAAACCCUCCCUUUACAGCAAGAAUAUAUGCUGCAGGAUUUGACUCCUCAAAAAACAUUUUCCUUGGGGAGAAAGCUGCAAAGUGGAAGACAUCAGAUGGGCAAAUGGAUGGACUAACAACAAAUGGAGUUCUUGUUAUGCAUCCUCGUAAUGGAUUCACAGAAGACUCCAAGCCGGGGGUGUGGAGAGAAAUUUCUGUGUGUGGGAAUGUGUUCAGCCUCCGUGAAACCAGAUCAGCUCAACAGAGGGGAAAAAUGGUUGAGAACGAGACGAACCAGCUGCAGGACGGCUCCCUGAUCGACCUGUGUGGAGCGACGCUGCUGUGGCGCACGGCCGAGGGGCUCUCGCGCACGCCGACCGUCAAGCACCUGGAGGCUCUGAGGCAGGAGAUCAACGCAGCCAGGCCCCAGUGCCCCGUGGGCUUCAACACCCUGGCCUUCCCCAGCAUGAAGAGAAAAGAUGUCGUGGACGAAAAGCAGCCGUGGGUGUACCUGAACUGCGGCCACGUGCACGGCUACCACAACUGGGGGAACAAAGAGGAGAGGGACGGCAAGGACCGCGAGUGCCCCAUGUGCCGCUCCGUCGGCCCCUACGUGCCUCUGUGGCUCGGGUGUGAAGCGGGAUUUUAUGUGGAUGCCGGACCUCCAACUCAUGCAUUCAGCCCGUGUGGACACGUGUGCUCAGAAAAGACAACUGCAUAUUGGUCCCAAAUUCCUCUUCCUCAUGGUACUCACACUUUUCACGCAGCCUGUCCCUUCUGUGCGCAUCAGCUGGCUGGUGAGCAGGGUUACAUCAGGCUCAUUUUCCAAGGGCCUCUCGACUAACACAGGUGUUCCCAAGGACUGCAGUAAACUGAUAAGCUAAGCGAUUCUCAUUUUUAAACCAACUGUUUUUCGUAUUCUCUGGGCUUUGCUGGUUUGCAUUAAGAUGAAGAAUUUUUUGGUUUUUUUGUUACAACAGCUAAAUCCCUCUUUAUUGAGAAAAGUCUGGAAAUAGAAGAAAUGGGGAGAGAAGGGGGAGACCUCCUGCUUUUUUUUAGUUAAUAACUACUUCAGAAGAGGUGAAGGAAGUGUUGUAGAGUGAACUUCAAUGCCUUCAGUUUAAUGGUUUUUGAAUCAUAUGCCCACAGUGUUUGAAAGGUGUUUCAUUCUUUUUGUAUAUGGAGGGUAAAUAGUUCAAAGAACAUUAGUUUACAGCUUGGAUGCAAACAUUGUAAAAUAUAACAUGUAUAUUAACUCUUUUCUAUUUAUCUUUAUUAUUGAAAAUAUUUAGAAUGUGUAGAGAGUAGCAUGGUCAUAGUGUGUUACAUCCAGCGAUUGGAUGUAUAGAGUAGUUCUGGAUGGAGAAGAACGUGGGAUGAAAAUGGUAGAAAAAUCUUUUAAUCUAAAAUACUGAGUUCUUAGAAUAGUUAAAAUGCUUUUUAAACAAAGCUAAUGCAAAUUAUGAUGGCAUAAAGUUGUGCUUUAACUGUGUUGAAAGGUAGCUAAGAAGGACUUCUUAAAAUGUCUUUUUGGUAGGACUGUACUUAAGAUCUGGUUAUGAGGAGAAAAUUUACCAGACUCUUUGAAUAUGCAACUUAGUCUAGAUUAAGGAUUUUUUUCUCCCUUCACGCUAACACUUCUCUUUAUUUAGCAUUAGUGACAUUUGUGAGGAUUUUUCCAAUGUUAAACAUGAACAGACCUGAAAGAUGAGGCUUGUUCUGUUCCUUGCUGUUUGGGGAGGGGGGGGUGGUGAGGGGAGAGGUGGAUGAAGCUGGGCACACGUGUGGGGAGCAGUUUGUGACUUGGCCACAGUCCCAGCUUGAGAGGGUUUUGUCAGCUGGAUGCUCAGCUUUCCACCUGCUAACUGGUGGGGGGGGCCUCAGGCCUGGCCUUUACCCCUCUGCCAGGUGCAGAUGCUCAUCUGGGCCACACGUGGAACAGAGGUGGAGCCUGGUACCCAGGGGAUGUGUGCCUGUGUCCCUGCACCCUCGCACAGCUGGGCACAGCUGGCAGUCUGUUGGGAGAGCUGGGGCUGGGCUCAGACCCUCAGUGUGAGAUGCUGCGGUGGGCUCUGGUUACUGGUCUCUCUCUGCUCUCCCCUUCCUCCCCCUCUGCAUCCACCAGAAAAGACCAGUGCACUACAUGCAGCUCUGCUGCCAGCCCACUGUGCUUCAUGGCAAACACACAACCUGACCUUUUUAGGAUUGAUUUGAGCUUUUUCGGCCAGCUUCAUACAUUUUUUUUUUAAAAUAUGUACUGUAUAAUUGACAGUAACGAAUUUCUGUACUUUAUAGCAAAGCUUUCAUUUUUCUUUUGAAGCUGUUCUAAAAUUUUCUUUGUUUAAAGAGACCUGUGUUGCUUAGAUGUCAUGAAUUACUUAUUUUGACUGUCAAUUAUUUCUCCAUUUUUAAAAAGAAAUUAUAUAUAUUGUUUGGUUCACUCAGGAAAUGCAUGUGUCAGGAAACCUGUGCUAUAAAUUCAGUUAGCUGUCAUGUACAAGUAACUGCUGUUACUCCCUUUUCAUAGAAAUAUAACUGAUUUUGACAUUUUCCAGAUUAUAUGCAUUAAGUAAUGAAAUUUAUGCAGCAAGAAAUCCCUGUAUUGUAGUUGUUCUAAUCAUCUUAUUCAAACUAUAGUAUACUGUAGUUUUAAUUUUUAUUUGCAAAUUAAUUUAUUUAAACUACGUGAGUAAACACUUUUCAAAAACAGAAA